AUGUCUUUCCAGACGAACGUCCUUCAAGACGGACAAUGGGUUACACAGACCGUUGAUCUGAACGCCGUUCUCAGAGCCUCAAAUUCCAAGGCUGUGGACAAGGCGCCCAGGAUUCCUGUAGCCAAGCCUCCUAGAUGCGGCAUCUUCACCAAGACAGUGGUCGAAUCCCCAGUGGUCAGACAUGUCCUACCUUGCCGUCUACGAUGCGCUGAUCGAGCCGAUGUUGCUUUUGUCGGGGACUACUUUGUCGAGAUCCGCGAGUACCGCAUGGAAGAUGGUCAACUCCAUGAUGUGAUUCGCAGGGACGACUUCGAUGAGCGCAUCAGAAAAGCAGUCGUCAUUGGCGAUCUCCCUGACAGUCUUGGGCUUCCAGCAAACAAAAAGGCAGCCGAGGAGGAUAUAGAUAUGCUCAACCCAAGAUCUCAAUCAUCUCGAACCGACAGUCGAAAAGAGUUGCUGGCACCUCAGAUGCUCCUAGUACUCCUGGAGAACUGUAAAUGCAUUUUCAUGGUGCUUCGCACAAAUCCAGAUGGCAGCUCUGAGUUCGUCACAUCAGAGUGCAGCAUCCCUGCAGAAGUCUCCAACUCGUCCUUUGGUCAGCAGCUGGCCGUGGAUCCCAGCUCGCGCUAUAUCGCUUUGAGUUCUUCAGACUCUACCUUUACAGUCUGCGAACUUGAGUCAAGGCAGGUUCUCGAAAGUCGUUAUCGGAACAAGGUUGACCUCAACCCAAUCAAAAACUUCCGGCCCCGAGCCUACAACGGAGUUUUGCAAAUGAUGGAGUUUCUUUUCCCCAAAAAGGGCAACGAGGGCGAAGUCAUUCUUCUGAUGUUCAUUGUCAGAGGUGGUCACACCCGAAUGGUGUUAUAUGACUGGGAAGCGGGCGAACAUCUUCUCGGUGCUCUUUCUCAGGAGGCCAAUGGCCACCGUUUGUCUACGCAGCAUCAACUACCGCUUUUUCUCAUCCCCCUCAGGGUUGGCACAUCGUUCAUUGCCGUCUACAGAGAUACAUUCUGCAUUGUCAAGGAUGCUCAGCUGGCUCCCCCUGAGUUCAGCGAGCUGAUUGUCGAUUCAAAACCCCCCUCGGAAUAUUAUACCGGCAACGCAACACCGUUGUGGGCCUCUUGGGCUCGACCUUUCCGCCUGUCGCAAUACGGUUCUGAUUGCGUAUAUAUUGCUAGAGAAGACGGCUAUGUCGAAAUGCUCUUCGUCAACGACGAUGUCGACGUGGAGGCGUCUUCAGUGGGUCGUAUGCGAUGCAGUGUCUCAACUGCCUUUGGAGUACUGUUUGAUGACACCCCUAGUGACAUUCUCGUGGCAGCUGGAGAUGCAGGGCCCGGUGUUGUCUGGAAGGCAAGUUACGGCGAGAGCGGCCCCAGAAUAUCUUAUGCACAUCCCUAACUGGGCCCCUGCCCUUGAUAUGGUCUCUACACAUGGUUUCCACACCGUCCCUGGAGUCGAUAGACGUGGAAGAUGUGUGGGCGGCACGAGGACAAUUGGAUUUCAACAAAAUCCUGAUCGAUUGUUCGCAACCUCGGGGAAAGCCGCGAGUGGCGCCGUUAUAGAGUAUCGACAUGGCUUUCAAGCUGAUAUCGGAGUUCAGCUUGACUGCGACCCCACGACCACCAAGGCUUGGCUGCUGCCCGCUGCUGCGACGGCCUCAGGGUCCGGUCAUUAUUUGAUUCUGACAACCCCGGACCGGUCAACCUUACUGCACCUUUCCGAUGACCUGUCCGAGCUCAGCUGCCCUGAAGAGGAUAUUGGGUUUGAUCUCCUUUCACAAACCUAUGUUGUUCAUCCUAUAUACAAGCGUGCUAUCUUACAAGUCACCGAAACUCAUUUAGCUUGUGUGGCUACACCACCUGAAAGGCAUCAAUGGCCUUCCAAUCAAGUUGAGCAAAAUACUCUGCAGCACGAUGAAGAUCUCAUUCAAGAACCCCUGUCCAAUGUGCGAGUGCGACUUCAGGAUCUGUUCACUCACAGUACACCUGGAGACGAGAUAGUGUUUACACACGCAGCUGCGUUGGACGAAUUUGUUUUGCUCUCAGCGACGACAAACCAUAGCACACAUAUUCACCUGUGCCGUAUUGAGCCCAACCUGUCACCAGCGGUUGUUAGAAGCUUCCCGGUUCAAGGGGAGGUAACGUGCUUGGCCUCUGGCACGUUUCGUGGUGUCAGGCAUGUUUUUGCCGGUCUAUGGCUUGACAAUGUGCCAAGCUUGGCACGCCUGUCGCUCGACGGGCUGGAUGCAGGCAGACUUGAAAUUAUACCUAUCGCUCCAGAUCCGGCUAGUUCUCUCCCGCCUCCCAGCUUUGACUCAGGCAGUAUACCGCAUACCACCAUCGGCGGAUACGUUAGCAUCUCUACUGCCGAGAUAGAUGAAUAUUCUGUCCUAGUUCUUGGUACCCGCGAAGGUUCAGUUGUUACUAUGGCCUCGCGUGGGGAAGAAUCAGUCGUUUGUACCGAAAAGUUCGGCUUAACUCCUGUCACCACGAGUGACUUCAGAUUCGGCAACAGGAGGGAUAUGGUCGCUGUCUGCUGCGACUCGAAACUGUGGAUUCUUACCGGCUUUGACAGCAAAAGGACGAAAACUUUCAAAGAGAAGUAUCGCGUUUGGCCAGUCGACAGGCAAGAGAUGAAGCCGACCGAAGGCCCAAAACCAAUGCCAGCCCCUUGCACUAUUCCCAUUAUAUCGGCCACUACCUUUGACGUAGCACGCACCCCUCAACAUCUCCCGUUAAUGCUUACAACGGGUAGCCAGAUCAUCCUCGCCGAGGUAAUCUUGAAACCCCGGCAAGUACCGUGGACGAUACCUUUGGGUGUGACACCAACCACUGCCAUAUACUCCCGCGUAUUGAAUUGUCUCGUGGUUGGAGUGGUUGACGAAGCAAGCAAAACUACGCUAAAGUUCCUGGACUUGGAGACUGGGGAGGACGUUGCUUACCCGUACAAACAAGACGACGAGUCAUCUCAGUAUGUUGCCGGACUUGGGAUUAAGGGAGAUACCAUAUUGAGCCUCUCAGAAUGGAUCUAUCAGAAAUCCAAGCAUAAAUUUGCAUUCAUCCUGGUUGGCUCGCGAUCUGCCGGUAUACAAGUGAUAACAGCAACCAACAUGGCAGACGGCAGGACAGGGGGCAAGAGGAUGAUCAAGUACUACACCCGGUUCAAGCGAAGGGCUACAGAGCCUGUGCACUGCAUUAUUGGUCACCAGGAUGGCAUCAUAUACUGCCAGGGCUCUACGUUGAAAUGGGAAAUCCUUGACAACGUCCAGAAGAAGCUUGUACUUUGGAGGACUUUUGAUCUUCGAUCUCCCGCCAAGGCCUUGUCGGUUUGGGAUGGUGGCAGGGCUGAGAACGAACAAGAUCAAGCGUCCGGCAGCAAACACGACGGUGCCAAGCUAUCGACCAGAAGUGGAAAGACAGGUAAAGGAAAGCAAAAGGCAGCCGACGGUGACUUGUCGGAGCCGGAAGAAGCGAGCAAAGAAACGGACGAGGCCGCUGCACAGAGCCUGGAGCGUAGGCUGGCAAGUCAUAUCGUCGUGACAACGAUGCACCACUCGCUCAUCGUCCUCUCCCACCGAGAGGAAAAGGCCACGGAGAUGACAGAUUCACAUUCGGAUCCCUUCGGGCGUCAAGGCCUGCAUUCGAUCGGGCAGGGGAACAUGGAAGGCAGCUCCAUAUACCUCACGACAGAUAUGACGCGCUCCCUGACAGGGCUGUGGGUGCCGUGGAGACAGCCGGGCUGCAACUGCGAGGUCUUGUUCGAAGCAGAGCUGCCCUCCUCGGUGAGGAAGAUGGUUGCAGCGCGCACCAGGCCCGGCUGGGCUGCGGCGCAGCGGGCGGCCGGCUAUGGAAUCAUCAAGUGCGACGGGAUAGAGACGCUGGGUAUAUCGGUUGACGGCCGCCUACAGCACUUUCAGAUGAUCGGCAUCGAGGCUUGGGGCGUCUUGAGGCUGGUGGUCAACCUGGCCAUGGGCACCCCUGAGAUCUGCCCCUUCAUCUGGCGCCAUGCGGAGGGCUGGCAGGAGGAGCCCGAGCCCGUGGAUGAUGGCGGACUCAUGCUGCAGAUCGACGGUAACAUAGUGCAGCGGGUGCUGGACAAAAGGGCGUUGGAAAGGCUUUUCAGAAACGAAGCGCAUUUUGCGAGCCUCGUUCAGAAACUCAGGGAUCUGGAUACGGCCGAGGCGGAAAAUGGCGGCAUCUGGCGCAUGGCUGGCCUUUUGCCACCGCCGGAUGAUGCCGUCAUGGAGCACAAGGAGGUCUUUUUUGAGCUGGUAUAUGCCAUCAUGGAGUAUUACCUUUCGCCCGUGAUUUGA